UGCUGGCGCUUCUAGUGAAGCCGCUGAUUCAGACAGGUGAGACUGGGGCAGUUUACCUGUGGGACCUGAGCUCUGAAGCAUUUGGAGAGGAGCUGGGGGUUGCAGGGAGCUCCUGCUCUCCUGUGAAGAAAGCAGGAUGCACGGCAAUGGCCAUCACGACGCCGCCUUGCCACAAAAGCCCCUGUCCCGGAAACCUCUGGGCAAACUGUGUCAGAGGGUGGACGAACUGAAGAGUCCGUGGCGGCAUAGCUCCGCGCUGGAGCUCAGUCACAGCGAAGCGGCCAGGCUGGCCACCGACGCGCUCCUGGAGUCCGGCAUCCCCGGUUACCAGCGGGUUCUGGCUGAGGAGAGGGAGCUGGGCUUCUUGUCCGAGCUGGAGUUGGACUACAUCAGCCGCAGCGGAGCGGCCAGGCUGCCUUGUCCCACGGCGGAGCUCCGCGACAGGGGCAGCCGCUGCAGCUUCGCAGAGGGGGACGCGCUGUCCGAGCUGACCUCGGCCACUUACUUCCCGAUUCAGACCGACUCGGAGCCCCCUCUGCUCGACCUGGGCUGGAGCCAACCACAGAGGGCCGUGGGCCUGCCCUCAGAGUCGCAGAUCAUCUUCCAGAGAGACAAAUGCAACAGCAUCAAGGACACUGUCCGGCAACUACUUAGCAAAGCCAAGACGCUCAUUGCGAUUGUGAUGGACCUGUUCACUGACGUAGACAUUCUCUGUGAUCUGCUGGAGGCUUCGAAUAAACGAGGAGUCUCGGUCUACCUGCUACUGGACGAGUCUAACCUGGAGCAUUUUGUAUCAAUGUGUGAUCAACUCGACAUCCGGAAGGAUCAUGUCGCUAACAUGCGGAUUCGGAGUGUGGUGGGAGACACCUACUGCACCAAGUCUGGGAUGAAAUUCAAUGGGCAGGUCCUGGAAAAGUUCAUGAUCAUUGACCUGGAGCAAGUAUUGGCUGGUUCAUACAGCUUCACCUGGCUUUCAGGUCAGGUACAUCUCAACUUUGUCAUGCUGCUGACCGGGGAGUUAACUCAGGAAUUUGACGAUGAGUUUCGCUGCCUCUACGCCGAGUCAAAGCCCAUUGAUCACUUCUCCUGCGCGGAGGAGGAAGAUCUCGCAUAUUCCACGUCCAAGCUCCGCAUCGCUGCGGUUCAGCCGGCGGUGAUGGAACGGCUGGCAGAUCCCAUCCUCUCCAACCCUUCCAGCAGCAGGUCCGGGAGCAGCUCUCUCAGCAUCAUCCAGACCACCACCCCAGCUGCACAGGUGCUGCGGGAACGCAAGCGUACCAAUCCCAACGCCCCCAAUAACGUGUCCGUCGCUAACCGGAGGAUCAAAGAGAAUGGCAUCUCGGGCAUGGACUGGGCAAGUGACCCAAUUGUGAGGCCAAGCGCAUUGGGUCACAAACCAAACCAUGUGCAUUACGUCCGCAACACGAGUCUUCCCAAUCAAACAGCCGCUAACACCCACCACGGCCCUGUCCACACAUCCAGAAACAAGUCGGCAAGAGAUGAUGUGGACGAAGCUAGAACAUUGACUCCUCCAUCGCCAUCACUGGCGACAGUGAAUCACGGGGAGGUACUACAUCACACAGCGGAACUGGGUGACUGCACCGACGACGAACAGAAAUCACCACAGGGGUUCACAAGGACAGGAAACCGAAUGACCCUCGGACAUAGCAAGUUAGAAAUGAUGAUGGAAUAUAAUGAUAAAAUGAGAGCCAGGAAUACAUUCAGCCGCUUUCAGCUGGUGAAGCACGAUCCUUAAAGGGUGGCUUUGUCUAAGGGGCAACGGGUUCGAGAGACAAUAUCCAACAGAGACAUUCGAAUGACCUGUAGACUCAUCGCCUAAACCGCGGUGGGCAGUGAAGAGCCAGGCUUUGAUGGGAUUUGGUGCCUGGUAACUGUGCGUUCUGAUGGGAUUGUGCUCUUCAAAAAUACACCGUACAGCUUGCCUUGAGGUGGAUCGCAGCCAUUAAGAUGAUCAGAGGUACAGGUGUUGAGUCUUAAGUAAGAAAGAGACCAAACCGAGUAUUUAUGAUUAAACUACCAGUGACAUCCUUCUUAGGAACAGAGGCAUCUUGAAUGUAUUAAUCGGUGCUUUCUGUUUGCCCAGCACCAGAAGAAUAAUUGCAUAGGUUUAGUUUAGAGAUACAGCAGGGAAACAGGCCCUUCUGCCCACCGAGUCCAUGCUGACCAUCGAUCACCCGUUCACACAAGUUCUAUGUUGUCCCACUUUAGCAUCCACUCCCUGCACACUUGGGCCAAAUUACAGAGGCCUCUGUUCCAGCUUCCUCAGUCCUCACUCCUACUACAAUCAGUCUGAAGAAGAGACCCAACCCGAAUCGUCACCGGUCCAUGUUCUCUAGAGAUGCUACUUGAGCUGCUGAAUUACUCCAGCACUUUGUAUAUUCUCUCCAUACUACUUCUACGCUGUCACACUUUCUCAAUCACACCCUACGCACGAGGGGCAAUUAACCGACAAUCCUGCACGCCUUUCGAUGUGGGAGAAAACCAGAGCUCCUGCAGGAAACCCACACCCACGCGGUCACAGGCAUUCGCUGUGACUAGGGACGGCAUACAAACUCCACACAGGCACAGUACCCAAGGUCAGGAUCAAAGCCAUGUCUCUGGCGCUGUGAGGCAGCAACUCGACCUCUGAGCCACUGAGCCCCUCUGACCUCUGAGCCCCUUUUGCUUGUAAUGUCAGCUACACCGGGGUGCUCCGGUUUCCUCCCACACUCCAAAGAUGUGCAGGUUUGUAGAUUAAUUGACUUCUGUAAAUUGUCCCUAGUGUGUGGGAUAGAACUAGUGUACGUGUGAUCGCUGAUUGGCGCAGACUCCAUGGGACAGUUUGCAUGCUGUAUCUCUCCACUGUAAACCAGCCUUACAUUCCCAGCACAGUACUGAGGGAGUCUUGAGAAUCCUGCACUAUUGGAAGUGUAUUUCAGAUAAGGCAUUAACACAGAUAUUUCCUCUCUGGUGGAUGUAAAAGACCUAAAAUAUUAUUUAGAAAGAGAACUGAAGGCAACACCCAUUCCUAACGAAAAUUUAUCACAAAGCCUUUUAGCCAUCAUUGGCUUUUUGGGCAUUGUUGUUAUUGAGCGUAAUCAUUCCACAUACAGCAGUGACCAGCAACGUUUAUUUGAGGUCAUCAAACGUGCUUGUACGAAUGACAAGUCUUGAUUUUCCUAAACUUUCUCUGCCUAACCUGGUAUCAAAUCCUUAAUCUCAACAAAAUCAGUAAAGUUUGAAAUCUCCCACAGUCAUACACACAUUGAAACAUGCCCUUCAGCCCAAGUCCACCGUGCUGACCAAGAUGUUGUAUCUAAGCUAGUCCCAUUUACCUGCUUUAGGUUCAUAUCCCUCUGAACCUUUCCUAUCCAUGUACCUCUCCAAAUGUCUUUUAAAUAUUGUUAUAAUACCUACCUCAACUAUCUCCUCUGGCAGCUCGUUCAAUACACUCGCCAACCUCUGUGUGGAAAAUGAUGCCCCUCUGGUUCCUAUUAAAUCUUUCCCCUCUAACUUUAGACCUAUGCCCUCUCGUUCUUGAUUUCCCUCAUGAUGGGUAAAAGGUUGGGCAUUCACCUUAUCUAGCCCCUCAUGGUUUUACACAUCUCCAUAAGAUCACUCCUCGUCCUCCUGCGCUCCAAGGAAUAAAGCCCUCUUCUGUUCAACCUCUCCAAUAUAGCACAGACCCUCUAGAGCUGGAAACAUCCUUGUUAUGCCGGUUGGCAGACCAAUUUCCCUUCUGAGAUGAAUAAGGUUCUAGCAUAUCAUCAAUCUUCUCUGCACCCUUUCCAGUUUCAUGACAUCCCUCCUAUAGCAGGGUGACAGAAACUGAACACAACCUUCCAGAUCGGGCCUCACCUACCUGUUGUACAUCUACAGUUACAAUAUUAUCUUGUUCUGAUUGUCAAACUGUAACCUGCUGUUCUUUAAAAGAUAAAUAGAAAACAUGAGUUUGGCAAAGACGGAGCCUCCAGCUGAGAUCACAUCUUAACUUGCGAUCCAAAACAAAUUAACACAUUUAAUUAAAACACUGGUUGGAAGAACCAGGCAAAAUAUUUUUACACAAUGGAAUAAAAAAUUAAAAUACAAAAGUAGAAGAUGCCAAACGAUCCCAUCAAACAAUUCUUCCAUUCAUGAAGUAUGCAGCCACUCUGUGCCUGUAGUUUAGUUUAGAGAUACAGCAUGGUAACAGGUCCUUCGGCCCACCGGGUCCAUGCUGACCCGUUUACACCACUUCUAUGUUAUCCCAUUUUUCAUCCACUCCCUACACAUUGGAGGUAAUCUAUGGAGGGCCAAUUCACCUACAAGCGUGACCCGAUCCAAAAUGUUCUCCAGGGGUGCUGCCUGACCUGUUGAGUUAUUCCAGCACAUUGUAUGUUAUUUUGUUAACCUAAAAACCUGCAAAUCUUUAGGAUGUGGGAGGAAACUGGAGCACCCAGAGGAAACCCACACCAUCACAGGGAGAACGUGCAAACUCCACACAGACAGCACCCGAGGUCGGAAUCGAACCUGGGUAUCCAGCACUGUGAGGCAACAACUCUACCAGCUGCCACCAAACUUCAAUCUUCUGCCCAGCCACCAUUCUGAUCUGCUGACUGGUUCGCAUGCUUGUCACUGUACCUCAGUACAUUUGACAAUAAACUAAACUGAACACAAAACUAAACCAAACUGAUCCAAUUGUAAUAAAAAGGAACGGCAGAUGCUGAUUUAUACCAAAGAUAGCCACAAAAUGAUGGAGCAACUCAGCGGGUCAGGACUUGACCCUCAUUUUGUUCGCAUACUCCAGCAUUUUGUGCCCAUUCUAAUCCAUCAUGAAUACUCUCUGAAAGAGAAUUCUCAGUCAUUUAGACUACAGAAGUCCAAAAAUUGUCAGCUCCCAGAGAUUGUACCUCCUUAUAUCAGUCCAAAAUGGACAGAGUCGGCAGAUCUCCAAUCUAACUGCCCUUAAUGGGCAGCAGAAGAACAUUUGUAGUAGUAUUCAACAGGAGAAUGAGGGGGAAGAAAAGAUCAGACUUUGGGAUAGGUAUAAGGGAACGGGAUGAUUUGGGCAGCUGCACAAAACAUAUUCACCUUCUGCGCUGCAUCAUCUUCUGAUUCCACAAAGACAAUUGAGCACGGUGAUCGUUCAGACACGGGCACAAGAAUCAGAAAUUGUUUCUUAAACAAAGUGCCGGAGUAAAUCAGCGGGCCAGGCAGCAUCUCUGGAGAAAAUGGAUAGGUGAUGUUUGGGGUCAGGACCCUUACUCAGGCAAGAAUCAGAAAGUUAAUGAAGUAAUUCUUCUAAUAAAUUAGAUUUGUAAAACAUGCGACCAGUGUAAAGUUGAUAAAUGCGUUCAAAGUUUCUGUGGGGUGCAAUUUGCAAAAACCCACAGGAAACAGUGAAAUUCUCCAAUUGUUUAAUGUGUGUGAAAUGUUUCUCUGAAGUCAUUCCAUUUUUAAUUACAAUAAAUAUAAUUUGGUAAACAUCUCCCUGUUUUUGUGUCCCAGU